AUGGCAGUAAGGAAAAAUUAUUUUGGAGUAGGAGGGGGAUCUAGGCGGUUCCUAUCUGUGGUAGAGAAAGAUGCCCAAUGGCAAAAUUCCCUCCGAGCUCUGUGCUUGAUUUCGUCUGAGGCAAGUCUUGAGGUGUUAUGGCUGCUAGCCCAAUUACUGAAGUUGCAGAUGGCUCCUCUAACGUUCGAGAGGUUUUGA